CUCUUCGACGGAUUUUCAUCGCGACAUAGCUCCGACCGAGCAAUAAGUACAGUUUAUGGUGAUUCCCCGAUCAUCGACAGGGAAGAGUUCAAGACGUUUCGAUUUCAUCGAUCGAGGGACGUUAAGAUCGCGAGCGAACCAGCGGCGAUGGACUCCAGCGGUGACGAUAGAGGGAACCAAUCCGGCUGUAAAUUGACUCCUUUGAUUAGUCUGGAGAAGAAGGAGAGCUCGGUGAACCCGUACAAUCGGGUAGACUCAGCGAAAAUGAACGCGAAAUGGCCAGUUCCGGACACGGAUGACAAUGAGAUCAGCGCUGUUAACAGCCUGCCGCGACUCGACUGCGGUGCAUUCUCGAAAUCGUACAUGGACACGUGUUCCUGCUGCCCUCGGGAGACCUUCGAUAACAGCCAGCAACGCGAUGCGAGUGGAAUCGUCGGCUAUAGGAACGUCGUCGCGAAGGACGACGAUUGUUGCAAAGCUCAUUGGGAGAGGAAAGAUUGCUACGAGACGAUUAAAGCGAGAGUGAACAGGGCUGUCAAGAGACACAAAAUAUUUCUGAUUCGCGGCGAGUUACCGAAAUUGAAGGAAGCACUAGAGGAAAGAGGUUGGGUGCAGAAAUACGAAGCCACGAAAACAAGAACGCUGCGUUACGGUAGCGUGGCCAGCUUGGAGGCAAGAUCAUUGGGCGAUCUGACCCUACCGGAUGGAACGUUAAACGAGAAAGCGGUGAUUUUCGCUUUAUUACGUCACAAAUCGCCAGACUUUAUAUGGGACUGUCGAAACGACUUUGUCGACUGGCACCGUGGCCUCGGUAGCAAUACUCUACUGAACAGAUAUCAAAAGCCUUCCGUUUACACAUCCAAGUUAGGAAUGGCUCGUGUACUGGACGAAGCGCACUGGUUCCACGAGAGAGACGUGUCGAGCGUGCUGUUCCCACGAAGUUACAACCUCACCGGAGAGCCGAAAGCUUUUCUCGAGGAUUUUCGACUGACCGCUGCCGCUGGCCUGUUGAAGUGGUUCGUACAAAGAAUGCGAGAUGACCGGGACACCGUCGACCCCGGGCAACGUACCAUUCCAAUGAGUCGACUGGAAUGCGCUAUAAAGCGUUGCGAGGAAUUCAUUGCUUGCGCGAACCACCGAAACAUAGAUGAAGACUUUGUCGCCGAGCUUUCCGAAGAAGAAUGGAAUUCCUUUUUAGACGAUUACACCGCCGCCGUUCACGAAGGCGGCGGAAUCGAGUACACGUCCGAGAAAGCUCGACAACAUUUACAGAAGUGUUACGAGACAGCGAAAUCGACACUCUCGAAACUGAAGGAAGUCGAUCCGCAAUACGAGCUGAACGGAAUGAGGAACAUGUGGAUUUUAAAGCCUAGCGAGCUCUGUUGCGGCACGGGAAUAAGCAUAUCGCAUAACUUGAAGGAUAUAUUCCGGAAGGUAAGGAGCAGACCGAGGGAUUACUUCAUCGUCCAGAAGUACAUCGAACGUCCGCUAUUGAUUCACGACACGAAGUUCGAUAUAAGGCAGUGGUACUUGGUCACCAACACGUUCCCAUUGACAAUAUGGUUGUUCAAGGAAGGACUACUCCGGUUCAGCUCGAAGCCCUACACUUUCUCAACUUAUCACGAAGCGAUUCAUAUCUGCAAUACCGCCAUUCAGGAGAAGUACGACGAGGAGAGGCGGAGGAGGAGGAGGCGCGGGUAUUCGGAGGAAGUCGUAAAAUCGGUUCGCGAUCAAGGAUGGGACUGCGAGAAGCUGAACGAAUAUUUAAAGCAAAUUGGACUCGACGGUGAACCGUACUACGAGAGGAUCUACCCGAGGAUCUCGGAAGCUAUAGUUCUAACGAUGCUGGCCUCCCAGGAGCACAUGGACAGAAGACGCUGCAGCUUCGAGCUGUACGGAGCCGAUUUCGUCGUGAUGGAGGAUCUUUCCGUCUGGCUGAUCGAGAUCAACACGAACCCACGGAUGCACCCGCCCAGCUCGAGAAUUACCAAGCGACUCUACUCCAGUGUCCUCCAUAGCUUGGUUAAAGUGGUAAUGGACGUACCCGUGAACGCGAUGGCUGACACCGGUGGUUUCAAUCUUGUCUACAAGCAAAGUAUACCCGACUUCCGACCUUAUCUCGGUCCCUGUCUCUUCGUGUUCGGCAAAUCGAUAACGCUGCAGGAGAGUCCGCGAAAGCGAGAAAAGAAAAAGGGAAAGUUGAACAAUUGUUGGCCGAAAUUGCAGCAGCAGCAGCAGCAGCAGACACAGCAACAGACACAGCAACAUCAUCGAGCAUGGACCGCUCCACCCAUCAUUCCGCGCUUGAGAGAGCCACAAAUAGUUGACUUGAUCGACUACUUGAACACCGUUCGCUGCACCGCGGCCAAUUGAUACGAACGGGGGCAAACGCUCGCGCGUUCGCGCACGGCUGCGCCCUACCCUCGUUACACGCAGCCAAUCGUUGCCGGUCGCUAAUUGGUAAACUUUAAAAUGUCGAAUCGGAUGGGACACGGUCGAUCGAGUUCCGCGAGCAGAUCGUCGGCCACCGUUUCCCGCGGAGACUGGUCUGAACGGACGUGAAAGCUUGAACUUCAUCCCGAGCAAUUAAAAACAUAACUAACAUUUUUGUCACCGCGAGUAGCUAAUAGAGCUCUUAACAAAGGGACACGGAAUUCUGUUCUACCUCGAGGUUCUUCGAGUUCGGGAACGUUGCUCGUACUUUACUGGUUCUUGUUGGCCGGCGUUGCGAGAACGUACCUUUCCCGGAAAAGUCAGUUGCACCGCGGUGUAAUUAAUGGCCGCAAGAUAGACGAAGCAAUUAACGUUGUCAUUAGGCGGUGCCGUCGCUGCGUCGACGUUUCUUUCGGCAACUUCCUGCGGGAAAUACUGGCUGAAUGUGCUCGCGGUGGUCGAUCGAGGGAAUCCAGUUUCACGCGUGGAGUUUCGAAACGAAAGAAACUUCCGCUUGCGGGGUACGAACGAAAAUAAAAAGAAUGUGGGAAAGAGAGAGGAAGAAAGUGAAAGAGAGAGAGAAAAAGAGGGUUGUUCGAAAGAGGGCGAUGCAACUUGUGGCGUGCAAAGAACAAGUCGAAAGAUAAAGACAAUCGUUUUAUUGAUAUGUACAUACAAUAAAUUUAUUUACAAAUAAUACAAUAAAUUUAGACGUCGUAAGUUAUUCGUUCUUGAUGAUAUAUCUUAACAAAAUACUACGCUCUUACCGAUUAUUGUGCCGUGCUGAUAUUCGAAAACUGUUUUGGUCACGGAAAUUCAAUGUAAAUGUAGGUAAUAUUCUGUUUUACCCUGCACAAAUAUUUAUCGAAAGAACGCAAACGAUCGGUAGGCGACGCGAUCCUUUCGGAUCUCGAUGCAAUAUCGUGUCGGGUAAGUAUGUGUUCCUUCUUCUUCUUCUUCUUCUUCUUCUUCUUCUUCUUCGCUCGUUCCGCCAGUUCCGCCCGAGGGCUGCGCUCUUUUCCUCUUAUAUAAAUAGUACGUUAACUAUUACUAAAAUUAUAAAACCGAUCGACCAUGCCCUGACGUACGACGAACUUCCGUCCCCGUGAUGCAUCGCUGCCGGAUGUUCCUCUGUAACAUAAAUCGUUCACCUCGUAAUCGCGCGGGAUACCGCCGGCCGAAAGGGAUCGGCUCGUCCGCGCAGCGAGGUUCGCGUCUCCGUUCGUUUUCGGACAAUCAAGAGAAAGAACGGGCAAACAGACGUUAGCGAGCGGAUCGGUUAGAACGAUGACGGUGAUAAAUUACCGGCGCGCACCGACGUGUCGCAUCGAUCUGCAUUCGCGUCAACUAAGGCUGUACUGGUCAUUCUACCGAGCAAUUAACGCUUGAAGUUGAUAAACAACGUACCGGAAACUUGGCUCAACUCAUUUCGAAUUAUCGUUGAAUGCACGUGUCCGUUUUCAGUGCGCGAUAAGGUCUUCCGCCGGAUGUAUACCGAUCUUCGUCCUCUAAACGUUCCCCGCGGUCAUUUCUCUUUUAUAUUUCUCCGUAAGGAUGCGAGCGAUACCGUCAAACGUUCACACCGCGUUCGAUCGUUAACACACUGCGUACUGGUAACGAGAAAUCUCGUUUUUACACGGAGACUCUUAGCUGCAUAACUUUGCUAAUUACCACAGCAUUCAAAGAAACAUUAAAUUUGAUUAGAACUAGUCGUCCGUUUGAAAUACAUUACACAACAAUAUGAUAUCUGAGUUUUUUUUAUAGAUAGUGAUAUAAGUGGAUCUCACUGAAAAUCUGCACAAUUCAAUUUCCCGAUAAUUAGCCGGUGCGCGAUGUGUUAAGUUACACGAACGUUUCGCUCGACCGAUGGUGCUUCGUUACUGAAAAUGAUAAACCGUGCGAAACUCGUGGCUUUCAAGGGACCGGUGCGCGCAGAAACGCUCGAACUGGCGUCGACUCGAAUCGAUGUUAACCCUUUGAACUCUGUAGGCUCCAAUAUUGCACCGGUUAUAAUAUUAGAUAUUUCAAUGAAUCUUAAAGGAACUACCCUAAAAUUAUUAGAUUCACCGCACAUCCAAAUUUUGUACUG